GCCUUGAUGUAGAUACAGCAAAAAAACGGUUAACUAGAGUGUGUUGAAUUCCUGCUUUGAUAGCUGCUGUGCGCGCGCAACCUCCCCCGCUAUCUCUCUCACCUGCUCAACCCAUAAUCCCUGUCAUCAAUCGCAAGCACACCUCCGAGAAAAAAAAAAGUGUCACCCCCACCUCUAAGCAAAAAUGUCCAUCCCAAUCGCCACCAUCUCCUCCUUCCGCACGACCUUCAACCCCUGGGCCCGCAGCGCCCGCCCCUGCCGCCUGCUGCUCUCGCUGCUCCGCAACCCCUCGACCGUCCCGGCCUCGAGCGGCACGCACAUCGACAUCAAGGUGACGCAGCUGCCGCGGCACUCGACCAAGCCGGCCGAGCUGGUGGUCGGGUUCAAGAACGGGAAGGAGGUGAACAUCCCCAUCGCGGAGCGGGAGAUGCGGAUCGGGGAUGUCAUCGAGGAGAUUGCCCGCGUCGGGCGGGUGAUUGAGCGUGAGGAGACGUUGAAGGGUUGAGUCUGUUUCUGGCUGUCUGGAUUGGAGGGUUGGCUCGGUUGGAGGGGGAAGAGAGCAAGCAGGGAAGGUUAUUGCGCCGGAUAUCUUACGGCCGUGACGAUGUCGGGCUCAAUCUUGGUGGCUUCUGUGCAUCGUCUGUCCGUGACUCUUUGAGAUUUAUGGACGCGCGCAAUGUUAUCUGCGGCAUAAGUGGAAGUCAUCGGGACUUGUCUUCGCGACCUGUAUUAUCUAUCAUGUUAUUCACGGACAUGUGUAUAUACCAGCUAUUGAUUAUUAUUGUUCUGUUUUUUUUUAUGCUUUUUUAUAGAC